AUGGUCACGGGGAUCGUGCAGGCCAAGGACGGGGGCUGGACCGCCGUCCCUCCCGAGCCGGACACGGUCACCUUCGUGGCCGGCGAGCAGUUCAGGGUCGUCCCGAACGGGCGGGUGCCGGCGUGCCUCCACAGCGUCAGGACGCCGAGCAGCCGCGAGCGCUUCUGGGUUCUGUUCGGCUGCCGGUCCAGGGACAACGCCACGGUGCGCGCGAUGGACGAGCUCGUCGUCGACGGUGACCAGCCUCUGCGGCACGAGCCCGUGAGGUACGAGGAGUACUCCAGCGCGCUAAUCCGGCGAUCAGCUGAUGGAUUGGAGAAAGAUGAACCCAUCAUGGCGUGA